AUGCGAUCAAAUUUUUCUCAAUUUCAAAUCCAUAGACAAUAUAUUUUAUCAUUGUAUAGAUAUUCUCUACGAAAUAUUAAAUGCAAUUGUAAAUCAAUUCAACUCAGGGAUAAAGUAUUUGAGAAACUUCGAGUCACCAUUCAUAAAAAUAAAAAUGUUAAGAAAGGUUUUCCAGUAUAUGAGUUGAUUCAAAAAUUAAUAACAUUAAAUGAUGAUUUAAAAGAAAAAAAUGUGGUAAAAAUUUGGAACCAACUGCAACCUGUAUGUGAUAAAACUACUGUUGUAAUGAAAAAAACUGAAGAAGUGGUACAAUUAGUAAAUAAGCUUCAUCCUAAAAUAAUAUCCAAGAAAUCUACUCAAACAACAGAUGAAGUUCAAAAAGCAAAAUAUUUAUUUGAUUAUAUUAAAUAUCAACAAUCUAAAAAUAAAUUGCCGAAACAUGGGUUAGUAAAUAGUGAAUACAAAUUAAAAUUAUUAUUACCAAUGGCACUAGAUUAUACUUCGAAAUUUAAAAUUAAUUUAAGUAAAAAAAAAUAUAAAAAAAUUAAAACACCACCCACUUACUUAGUUCAUAAAAAAAUAGGCUCUAAUUUUAUCUGGUUUGUUAGAUCAAUAAUAAAUAAGCAUUCAAAUCAAUCAAAAAAAUUGAGUUCCAUUAUCCAACAGGAAAUAAUUAAAGCACAGGAGAGACUUGAUGCAAUAAAAAGAAUUGAAGACAUGAAAGAUUGGGCGAUAUUAGAGUCAAGGUGGGAAAAAUUAUUAACUGGAACUGCGGAUACCGAUUGGAUCUUAACAUAUGAUAUAGUGCUCGAUAAACUAAAAUCAGAAAACAUUAGGGAUAGAUUGAGAUUCAAAAAUUAUAUGAACAAGCGUAUCUUAAAUAAUGGAAUACAUGAAGCGUAUUCUAAAAAUCCUAAUGUGGAUGUUUCACGAAAUUUAAUGAAGGAGAACAUACAAGCACAAAAGAAUUCUAAGAACCAUUUUAACAAAUCGCAAUUUGAUUAUUAUCAUGAUUUAUCGGUUAAAUAUUAUAAUUUCAAAAUGAAACAUUUUUAUGAUUUUUUGGAAAAUGAGGUGCCAAAAAAUAUUGUAUACGUUAAAGAUUUAAAUUUAUAUAAUCUAUCAGUUAAGAAUGGUAUCCAUAAAUAA